ACCUCAACAUCAUGCGUAUAAAUAGAAUAACCGAAAACGGGAUCAAUAUCAUCUCCCCACCCCUUUGUAAAACAAAGUAACAAAGACACGAUCAGAAGUUCUUAUCGAUCGAUUCGAGCUUUCGUCUUCUUCUUCUCCUCAGUUACCAUAAUACACCGUAUACUAACAUUCCCAUACCGUGACGUAUUAUUACGUAUCAUUGAAUAGUCUUUACUAUUUCAUGUCACAUAAGGUGAAUAUUAUAUACAGCUAUAUUCUAAAAGAGACGGAUAAAGAAAUACAUGGAGAUUUCGAAACUACAGAUAUUCGCGUUUUUUAAAAUCUAAUUCCUGGAAAUUAAUCAGGAAACAGAAUGUUUCUCGAAAAUGCUUAUCAAGCCGUUUUGGAAAAAGAUGUUAGAGAUGUGAGCAGGCCUGGAGAUAACUAAAUAAUUAUGUUUGGAGAGACGAAGAGCUACCAUGGAAUUCAUCGCCAUAAAUAAUUAUGAUAUGAACGAACUAUGUCAGUGACCUCGCGGGAUGGGUGACAUUCAGACUUUCAGCUACGUCGCCCCUCCGAAGAAAAAGAAAAAGAAGAAGAAACCCCCAGGCGACAAAGAUAACCCAGAGCAGAAGGACGAGGAAGAGAAGAAACAAGAACCGAAACCUGAGGAGGAUGAGGAGCUGGUGAAAGAGAGACAACGCCGGGAAGAGUCUUUGAGGAGGGCUGAGAUUUUGAAGCAGAGGAAACGGGCAGAAGCAGGAAGGGGUAGAGGAAGAGGCAGAGGUAGGGGAAGGGGGAGAGGAAGAGGGCGUCCUCCAUCACAAGGAAGGGGUGCACCUCCACCUAGAAGUGCAGAUGGUGGUGAUAAUCAGGACAGAGGGAGAGGACGAGGAAGGGGUAGAGGCAGAGGAAGGGGGUCUCGUCGAGUUGGAACUCUCAGCAACAAACCACCCCUUGAGAGCAUCCAGGAGGGACACGAAAGCCGGGUCUCCACCCGUCAGGCUUGGAGCAGACCACCAACAUCUCAACAACAGGAAGAGGAGAAAAGAAAACGAGAAGAGGAGGAGAAAAGAAAACGAGAAGAGGAAGAAAGAUUGAGGGAAGCCGAGGAGAAAAGGAAACUUGAGGAAGAGGAGAAAAGGAAAGAGGAAGAAGAGGCUAGAAAGAGACAAGAGGAAGAAGAAAGAAAACGAAAGGAAGAAGAGGAAAGAAAGCAGAAGGAAGAAGAAGAGAAGCGUAAGGAAGAAAAUAAGCCAAAGGAAACGAAACCUGCCAACAAGUUUACGAGGGUUGCCAGGAUGUCGUUGUUUAUGAAGAAAAUGUUUGGCAAAAAGGAACCAGUUGAGGAGGCGCCUGAGCCCCAAAAGGAGGAUGAACAGAACAAAGAAGAAAAACCAGAAGAGGAAAAGCCAGAAGAACAAAAGCCAGAAGAUGAACCACAGCAAGAAGGAACAUCCGAAGAAGCCAAAGAAGAAGAGGAGCCAAAACCCGAGGAACCUACGGAAGAAGUAGCUGAGGAGAAGAAAGAUCUUGAAGAAACAGCAGAGAAUCCGGAGGAAAAACCAGUGGAGGAUGUCAAAGACGAAGAAACAAAAGAGGACACACCGAAGGAGAGUGAUAAAGAAGAAGAGGCUGGAAAUACUGAAGAUAAAGCAGAGGUUAAGGAUGAAGAUCAGCCGAAAGAGGUUGAGGAAGAGGAAAGUAAAUCCGUUGUUCAGGAAGAUAGAUCGACAGAAGAACCCAACGAGGUGACUGAACAGCCUCCCGAAAAUCCUCCAGAGGAAGCAAAGACAGAACAAACUGUAGCGGAAGAGAAUAAAGCUGACAACUCCCUGGAGGAAGAUGAGGAAGUGAAGGAAAAACAAAGGGGUAUACUGUCGAAGUUAUUUGGGAGGAAGAAAAGUAUCUCAAGUAAGACAGGAUCACAAGUAACAUUACGAACUCCAAGCAUGGCCAAUAUCAAUGCCUCAAGGACAACUUUAAACAGCAUCAAAGAGGAGUCAGAUAAAGGAGCUGGGUGGGGGAAAGUUAAGUCUCUAUUCUCACGUGCAAAAACCCCAACACCAGAACCACCUAAGGAACCUACUCCACCACCGCCUCCACCUCCAAAGGAACCGACCCCUCCACCACCACCUCCCCCAGAGGUUGCUAAGAAAGUAAUAGAUGAUGAAACAGCGGGUGCUGCACCAAAUCUUGCAGAUAAACCACUUGGUGACAACACAAACAGACCCAUUGUCAUCAUCAAUGCAUCUGGCAGUGAUUCCGAGUUCCAGAAGACUUUGAUUGCAGCUUUGGGAGGGAAAGUCCCAGAUGAGGUUGAAGGAGAACAGCCAAGGGUCCAACAACCAAAUGGUAGGGCAUAUGGUGGUUUUCAAGGAGGAGUGCCAGGGAAUCCAAUGAUGAUGCCCAUUAUGAUGCCAUACCCAAUGCCACCUCCACCAAUGCCAUACUAUGGCAUGAACCCAUACGGCUAUGGGCCUCCUAUGAUACCACCACAACCACAAAUGCAAUAUCCUCAUGGACAGUAUCCGCAGCAACAGCCACCACCACCACCCCAACAAACCUAUGAGCCAAUCAACCAACAGCAGAGAGAUUUCAUUCAGAACAUGCCCAUUAGUGGCGCACAAGUUCAACCAAAGAAAGAAGUCUUGUCAGCAACAGAGCAGCUUAUUGAAACAAACCCGGCCAGAGUCAUCAGUGAACCUGCUGCAAAGCCACAAUGGUCUAAGAAAGAGCAGAAACGUGAGGAGAUCCGUCUCCGCGUCAGGAAGAAACUUGCUCAGUCUGUACAGCAGGUUGAAGAAAACGUACAAUUCAGUGAUGAGCAGUUUGAAGACAGUGAUAUCGAUGAUGAAUUCUACAAUGCUACCUUGCGGAAGAGGGAUCGGAAAAAGAAGAGAUCAAUAGCUGACUUCAAUGAGCUGCAAAAGGAAGAGAUGGCCAGGAAAUCCAAAAUAGAAGCGGAGGAAAAAGCCAGAAGAGAAGCAGAACUUCAGGAGGAGAUGCGUCGUAAGGUGGCUGAAGAUGGAAUGAACACUCUUCUUGCCAUGAUCAAAGGAGAAGAAGUUCCUGAGGACAAACCCAAUGAAAGUGAUGGCGAUGAGAAAAGUGAAACAGGUAAUCCUCCCAAGGAGACAGAUAAACAGGAACCCGUGACGACUGAUCAGGAGCUUCCGAAGAAGAGCUCAAAAAAAGAAUCCAAGAAAAAGAAAGACUCUUUCAAAAAGCCCUUUGACAUAGACGCUGAAUCUCCCAUUAUAUUCCCAAAUGAACAAACCUAUGAUGACUUCAGUAGAUUUGUGUCUGAAUUCACCAAAGCAAAUGGAUUCACUUCGCCAUCUCCAACGGGAGACAGAUCCCCUGCUCCUGCGGAUGAGAAGGUGUCGGCGUCAAGUUCAGAGAACCCUUCCCCUUUCAGUAUCACCAUUGCAGACGACCUCAUGGCAAUGAUAAGCAACUCAUCAAGUCCUGCAAGGACUCCAAACAAGUCCUCAAGCAGUCGAGAUAAAAAUCCUAAGACAGCUAAAAGGCAGGAAAACCUUGCAUCUGUUGGGUCAUCAUCUCCAACGGCCGACUUGCAGAAGAAGCAGAAGACGGAUGCUCAGCAAUGGUUGUUUGAUGCUCAGGUCAAGCUCUUAGAGGCCAAAAGACUUCUUAGUCCACAUUCAAAAUAAAUAAUGUGAUCGUUGGUCUGAUGGA